UUCGAUGGUCGUCCACUGUGUAUGUGUUAUUCUCCUGACGAUCUAUGUAUCCAGUCUAAUAUGGGGAGCCAACGGAGAAGAGAGUGGGCCGUACAAUGUAGUCUUGGAAAGUGUCAAGGAUUGCGCAGAAAAGGGUACUGGCGAGAUCACAGUCACCGCCAAGGCAAGAACUGAUGAGAGUGGGAAGAUAGUUCACACGGGCUAUCUCAAACUACCCUUCGGUUUAACAGACAAGCUUAAGGCACAAGGAGAUGCUUCAAUAUUGACUGAUGGGAAGUGGACACCUAUUGGACUCAUUUGGAAACUGGGACUCCCUAAGGGCUGUAGCAGCAUAAAAACUAUGACUCCUAUCUGGUUCCAAAUGUUGAAAUCCGCUAACAUUCAGAACCCGGAGUGUCCAAUACCAAAGGGAACCUACCACUUUAUAGAUUAUCAUGUCAAAGGAAAAAUUGCCAAAAUGGAUUCUAUGCGAUUUGGGAAGUAUAGAGUUCGGCUAAGUUUCUCUAAGAACAGUCAAAAGAUAGGCUGUUUACACUAUGUUGCCAGCAUUGUGCCCAAAUAAAAACUGUUAUCAGCUUGAAACUAC